UUUGUUUCCCAGUGAUCUUCGGGGUGCUGGACCGGCGGCGCGUAAGAUAGGACGAGUGGCGCAGAAAGAGGCCUGGAAAAUGGCGGCUGGGACUGGAGCGGCAAGCGGCCACACUGGUCGUGGCUCUUCUGCCGCUUUACAGUCGUCUUUGGACCGUCGUUUUCAGGGAGUUUCGAACACCAUGGAGUCGAUACAAGGACUAUCUAACUGGUGCAUCGAGAACAAGAAAUAUCACACCUUGAUAGUGCGAUACUGGAUGAAGUGGAUGAAGAAAUCUGCGGCCUCUCAUAGGCUCAACCUGUUCUACGUGGCGAAUGAUGUCAUUCAGAACUGCAAGAGGAAGAACGCCAUAAUCUACCGCACCGCCUUCUCCGAGGUGCUCCCGGAGGCUGCCCGGCUGAUCAAGGACUCUAAAGUGCGGCGGUCUGUGGAGCGGAUCCUGACCAUCUGGGAGGAGAGAAGCGUCUAUCCCGAGGAGCUGAUCUCUGAGCUCAAGGCUGGGCUUGCCAGGAAGGCGCCCCCUAGUGCUCAGUCCUCCGCCCCGCCCAACCCCAAAGCUGCUCUCAAGUCCAAGAUCCUGGCUGAGUUUGCACCCCAGGCCUUCAUAGAGAAGCUGUCUCAGCACAGUCGCUCUCUGGAGGACACUGAGCUGAAGGAGAAGCAGCUGGCAGCUCUGAGAGUGGACGUGUGCAGCACUGAGGCCCUCAAGAGACUGAAGGACAAGGCGGGGGGCAAGAAGUUCUCCAAAGACUUUGAGGAGGGCAGCACCAAGCUUCAGGACUUUGUAGGCUUCCUGGAGAAGCAGCUGAAGGGGGGUCCCCCCCUGCUGGAGGCGCUGAGCAACGCGGACGUGUUCUACGAGAUGCAGUACAAGGAGGUCAAGAUCAUCGCCAAUGCCUACAAGACAUUUGCCAACCGUGUGACGCACCUGAAGCGCAAGCUGGACGCCCUGAAGAGCACGCUCCCCGGGCUGGAUGACUCCCCCGUCCCCUCCCCGUCCGAGGACGCGCCCUCCCCCACGGGCUCCGAGUCGCCCUUCCACGGCAUGGGCGCCGUGCCCGACACUCACCUGGACGGGCGGGCCAUGGACGGUGGAACGAGGUGGGCAUCGGCCCUCGGGGACGUCCCCAGCCCCCUGUCCUCCCCCGGGGCCUCCCCGCUGACCGACGUCCCGCACGGGGAGAAGGACAACCGGGACGUGGAGGACAUGGAGCUCUCCGAGGGAGAGGAGACGGGCAGCCCCGGCAUCAUAGUGGAAGAGCAGGUGGCGAAGCCGGCCCCCAUCCCUGAGCCCGACCCUGCUACCGUUCCUGCCAAACCCCUGCUGGCCCACGAGAGAAACCCUGUCAAACAGUCCCCGCCCCCUAUGACCCCUGCGUCCCCCGUGACCUCCGUUUCCCCCGAGACCUCGGCGACCACCGCGGCCCCCGUCACCCCGGCGACCCCCGCCACACCCGCACCUGUUCUGCCGGUGAACCUGGCCAACGUGGACCUGGGCAAGAUCAGCUCCAUCCUCAGCAGCCUCACCUCAGCGAUGAAGAACACGGGUGUGAGCCCCGUCUCUCGGACCUCUCCCGGGACGCCCGGCACGCCAUCGGCUCACAGCUCGGCCCUGAAGUCCCCCGCCGCGGUGCCCGGGGGGGCGGCCCCCGGCCCCAACCCGCUGGCCAGCAUCCUGUCCCGGGUGGACAUCAGCCCAGAGAGCCUCCUCAGCGUCCUCUCCAAAACGCAGAGCCCCGGCCUGCAGGGCAUGUCCCUUCUGCAGAGUGUGGCUGGAGGCUCCUCUGGCCCCGGCAGUGCUCCGCAGCCUGCGUCCACAGUGCCACCUCGUGGCCUCACCUCUGGCCCUGCCGAGGCCCUGCCCGUCCCGCUGGCCACUCCCGAGGAAAGGGCCCCGGCCCCCGCCGUCGGCCCUGACGGCCAAGCCUCUGCCGGGCUGCGGCUACACGCGGGAGCCCGAGAGGAGGCGAGGGAGCGAGCAGGAGCGCGAGUCCUCUCCCCCCGCCCCUCCUUCCCCUCCAGCCUGGAGUCCAAGCUGCACAAGUUCCUCCAGGGGAACCCCGGCUUCCGGGCCUUCAACCUGGGCCUGUCCUCCGGCGACGGGCAGGGGAGCAGCAGCAACAGCCCCUUCCUGCCCGCCGAGAACCUGGACGGCACCCCUGUGCGCGACGAGGCGCCGGGUACGCCCACCCAGGACGAGAUGGACGAACCCGGCCCCGUCGCAAACCCGGCAGCCUCCUCCCACAACGGUGGGAUCCGGGCGGGGCUGAACGCAGACCCUGCCUCUUUAGACCGGGUGAAGAAUCUGCCACUGUCUUCCACUGGCCUGGGGCCCGCUGAAUUCGGGAGGAGAGACGGCCACAGCCUGUCGCCCACCGCGUACCGCAGCGAGUCCUGGGGGGCUCCCAACUCGCCCCCGAACCGCUAUGGCGAGGGGGGCCCGAACAGGCAGGAGUUCCGACACCUGGAUGCCAUGUCCGGACCUCGAGACGUGAGCCAGGACGGGUAUGGCUCGGAUCUGGGAACCUGCCCCGCAGGAUGGAGGAUUUCUACGACGGAAGGAGUGAAGGAGCAGGAGGAGAGAGAAGAGGCGUCACAGCAGGUGAGCACUACCCCCUCCGCCCCCUCUCAGCCGGGGGACUGUCUGAAGAGCGGCGGGGAGGCCAAUCCGCUGGACGGGAGCGGAGGAGGGGAGGGGGGGGAGCAAGCCCAACGCCUUGCAGCACGACGGGCCGCACUACCAGCACAUCAAACGCUGGUGUCCCCGUCCUCCUGCGGAGAAGGAACGCCCGUCGGGAUCCUGGGGUACAACAGGCCAACGAGGCCGUCGGGAGAGCGCAUCCAGACGGUGGAGAGCAUCCGAGUGAUCGGCCGGGGGAUGCGGCCGCACGGCAGGGGCGGGGAGACCGGUCCGCGGCCCAGCCUGGGCCGGGGCGGAGGCUGGUACGGCGAAGCGUACGCGGAAGGGGCCGGAGCCCACCCCCGGAACCCCGGCCCGGGUCCUCACGGCCGGCCUGACGACGACUCCCGCCAGGCGUUCCCGUUCGAGGAGAGGGGCCGCGUGCCCUAUCCCGGUCGAGACCCCCACCCUCCCAGGCACCCUGCCCACAUCCCUCCGUCCGACUUCUUCAGCUCCCCUCCUCCGCCCAUCCCUCCACCACCUCCACCCCCCAUCCCACAGCUACCUCCCCCGCCUAAAGACUUCCCGGGUCCUCCCUCCUCAGUCAUGGUAGGGGGUGUGCUGGUGCCUGUCGACCGACCCCUAUCCCAGCCUCCGUCCCGAGGGGGCGAGAGAGAGGAGCGGUCCGGGCCAGUGAACAGCACGACCCCCCCUGCUCUCUUUAAAGAUCUGCCCCACCACGGUGCAGUUAAAGACCAUUUCCCCUCCCGCCAGGGCCCGCCUCUCCACCGGCCCGGCUCGUCCGGACCUCACCCCUCUCUGCUGGGGAGAGUCCGUGAAGGCCCGAGCCCCCCGCCCUCCUCGUUGCCCCUCCCCUCUCCCCCGCUCGAAACCUCCCACCUGCCGCCGAACCAGCACCCCCCACGCAGCCCCCCUCCCCACCUCCACGGCCACAGACAGCCUCCCUCCCCGAUCCUGCGCCCGCCCCACCCCGAUCACAGAGCCCAGCUCCGCCCACCGCACCACCAGCCUCGCCCGCACAUGCCCCCCCUCUCACAUAGGCCACCCCUCCGCGGGCACCACCCCCGCCCCCCGCACCCCGCCCACUUCGACCACGAACCGCCGUUCCGCGGAGGCAAGCGGCCCGGGCCUCAUUUUAGCGGGCCCCCGAGAGGGGGGUUCGGCGGAAGUCCCUUCUACCCCCCAAAAAGGCCAUACUUACCCCCGCGCUACUGACCCAUCAGACACGACCCCUUCAGACACGAGACGAUACGUUUGCACACACGCGUUUAAAAAGGGAGAAGUAAAUGAAUAAUUCUACCCCAGCUACAUGACUGAUACGCCCAUGCCCUCACGUAUUAAAAGUGCCACACUCACGGGCUGUGUACGUUUACACACAUGCUCCAUCUAGUUGCUACACACACUAAUUAGUGUAGUGUACUAAUCCAGGACCCGAAAUUCAGUACCCAGCAUCCCUUUCUCUGACCCGACCCAACCCGUCCCGUCCCGUCCUCGUCUGUAAAAUGAAGAAGAUGCAAAGGAGUGAUUUAAUCGACCAAAUCUGCCUCCGCCCCGACCCCCACGCCAGCAAGAGUCCGUGUCUGAGUCCAGACGGAUGGGAGCGAUAGGGCUAGGAUGAAGAGAAUUAAGCCUGACGCCAGAUUGAGACGGAGGAUGACGAGGUGGUUAUUGAAUUUGUUUUAUGUGUUCUUUUUCUUCUUUUUUCCCCCCAUCAUUCUUUUCAGAAUCAAAUUCUGUGUUUGAAUCAUUCAGGUAGAGGAAAGGAUAUAACAAAUGGAGUGUUUUUGGGGGGGAAUAAACCAACACCGGAUGCAAAAUGUUCCCUCUCUUCUGCUGAAUUAUACAUGUUUAUUUGUGUGCUCUCUGAUGGAUGGGUAGUCCUUUUUUAAAGAUGACCAGAUCCCACCAUUUCCUUUCCUAUUGGUUAAUGCCAAUCAGCUUUCCGCAUGGGAAAUUGGUAAUGGUUUGAUCACUUGUCAUCUUUGGCAAUUUCAAGUUAAGCCACAAGUCAUUGUCCCGCUCCCAUUGUCCUGGCUGAUAUUAUAUACAAUAUCUCUUUCCUUGUAUUACAUAUGAACAGUUAUUUAUGUAUGUAUAGACUGAAAGAGUACAUUUGUUACUUAUCAACAGUUUGUUUUCUUGUGGUAAGGAAAAAAAUAUAAUUGCUGUUUUUGCUAUGGUGAAUCAGUUUAAACAUUUAAACAGAACGGAAGUGACAAGGCUUGUUCAUAAACUGUACGUAAAACAUAUCAUCUUUGUUUAAAAUAAUAAUAAUAAGCAGUGGUUCAACAAUGGCUUUGAGGGUUAAAGCAGUUACCCUUGAAAUGGUAUAGUGUAGCUUAGGACAGUUUGAGUUUGAAAUACAAAUGCAGCAAGUUCAAGGAUGAAUCGACUUUUACAUGUACUGAAUUGAAUAAAAAUACACGUUUGAAAACAA